UGGGGACACACCUUCUUUCUUGGAUCGCGUCUUGUGUUAAUCUAUCUGUCGGCGUUGGAAACCUUGUCCUUGUCCUCUUUCAUCAUUCCCCGUCCUUCUGUCUCUCUUUCUUUCUUCCCUUCUUGGGUAGUUGGCUGGAUUUUUUUGUUUGUUUUUUGA